GGUCGGUCCCAAUCGACCGUUCUCGGUGUUAGAGAGUUCAGUUUCGCACAGGUCAUUACACCAAGAACGGCUGGGAGAGAAAAGACUCCAACAUGUCCGCCUCUGUGGUGCUGUUUGUGAUCGUUGUUCUGGGGACAGCUUCGGCGGAACGCUGUCGAGAUUACACCGACGUCUUCGGAAACAGCAAGCCAGGCUUCUCCUGUCCGACGUACAGUGAUCUGUCCUCGGAUGUGUACUGCUGCGGCGUCUCCGACCUCCCGAUGUGCUGCAGUUCCUGUCUGCUCUCCCAGUACUCUCCAUGUGAUGCGGACGACAUCAUCGAUCUCAGCAUCGGAGCCAUCGUAGGCAUCGCCGUGGGCUGUGUCGUCUUGGUGGCCAUCAUCAUCACGGUGUGCUGCUGCUGCUGCUGCGCCUGCUGUGCCGGCUGCUGUCGUGACCCUGCACCCACCACGACUGUGAUCGCUAACCAACCGGCAGCUGGCGUAACCGUGGCGCAGACCACAUACCCGGGCCAGCCGUACCCGCAGUACCCGCCCAGCGGCGAACUGUCGCAGUACCCCCCUCCAGGGGCACAGUACCCCCCUCCUGGACAACAGUACCCCCCUCAGCAAGGUGGAUUGGUCUACCCCCCUGCCUACCCCGGACCCAUGAAGCAGUAGAAGGCUGCUACUAAUGUUCCACACUGUUAUGUUUCCAAUGUACCAUAAUUGUUUUAUACGUGCAAAAGGUUUCAUUUGACCGAGUAAUGUGACAUACAGCAGAUGUAAAUCAGUAUGUAGAGUAGCCUACCUGAGAACCUAUAAUAUGAGCCAUGAUAUAUGAUACUGCACGGUCGUAUCAUGAACGACGUCCUGUUAUAUACAAGUAAGGUACCAGAGUGAGUGUGAGAGCGAGUGAGUAGACAAAUUUUAUUUGUAGUAUAGAACAAAGUAAAAACACACAACACAAUAAACAAACAACAUUCGACAACUUGAUCAGAGAGCAGCUCUCAUAGAGGCAACGAGCAACUUUGAGAUAUAUAGUUUUUACAUGACGAGGUAUUUGAACCUUUUCCAUGCUGAAACAGAUGUUGACGCAAAUUUCAUUGCUCUUAAUAAAAAUGUGUCUGACAUGAGAUAAAAGAUACUGAAUGGCAGAUAACCUUAAGGUUCAAUUUGUAUAGU